AGAAAUUAUUACAAGCAUUUCAUAAAAACUUUUUAAUGUUUCUGAAUAUGUGGAUAUAUACAUUUUCCCUCCUGUGACAUGUGGGUACUAAGAGGACAGUGUUAGCUUCAAGGUCCAAAUGUACUGUACUUACACAACUCCUGCACCCAAGUCUGUAAUGUUCUUGUUUCUAUCAAAUAAUCCUUAGUCGAGAACAAAUACAUUUUUAAAUGUACAAUUGUUGUCAAUAGACAUUUCAAGUUGUUCUGUCAAUCAGAUCAAUCAAGGAUGCCCAAGCAUAAAUAAAUGAUAUAUACAAGGGCAGGCUGAAAAGUAAUGCACGCAUGCUUGUAGAACAUGAACAAAAACAAAUAGCAAGAUCGGGCAAAAAGUCCAUUAAAGUACAAUUCUUAAGCUUCAAAAUCAUUUAUUUAUUUUUCAACAUAGUCACCGUUAAGGCUAACACAUUUCUCCCAACGUGUAACAAGUUUUUUCAUUCCGUCAAUGAAAAAUUCUUCCGACUUUUCUCGAAUCCAGGACUUGACAGCUCAUCGUCUGAGGUGUAAUGAUUACCCUUGAGGUCUCUCUUAAGUAGAGGAAACAAAUAAAAAUCACAAGGUGCAAGAUUGGGGGGAAUAAGGAGGGUGUGGAAUCGGUUCAAGCUUCAGGUUUCACAGAGCCUCUCCAGUUGUGUGCGAGGUAUGUGGACGAGCAUUGUCAUGUUGCAAGAUUAUUGGUGCCAGGCUGCCUGUAACAUGACAAACUCAACGUCAGAGGUGUUUUAGAGUCUGUAUGUACUGAGAAGAAUUAAAAAUUGCAACAAGGUGCAACGGUAAUUGCUGUGGCAGUGAUCGGACUUCCGCUGCGUGUUUCAUCAACAAUUAUGGCUUUUCCAGGCUCGCAACCACGAAAUUUUAUUAUCCAUCAAUUCACAAUAGACCUAUCAGCAGCAUCGUCACCAUAACAGUCAGGACCUUAUACAAAAAAUAAAGCAAUUUAAACUCGAUAACUAUCUCACAGGGAUGGGCGCCGACCAUCACCCAGCUGACACUGGCAAGCUAAACAUCAACUACAGUAACAGAGGAACUGAUAAGGGAGACUGGAACAUCUUUACUGACGGCUCAAAAAGUAGCAUCGGCACCGGAGCAGCAUUCAUUAUUUAUAACAGCAACUUAACGUACAUCAAGCAUCAAGAAUACUUUAGACUCCAUCCAUACUGCUCGAUCAACCAAGCGGAGCUCUGGGCUAUGCUCAGAGCUCUCGUGCAUGUCACUGCAAACCAGAAAAAAUACAACGGAAGUAUAAGUAUUAACACAGAUAGUAAAUACGUUCUAAAUAUACUCAAUUAUAAAGGCAAAAUCACUUUCAAUGGAGCCAGAAUGAACCAUCUUGCCCAGAACCUUAACAAACGUAGGAACAUCACCUUUUACUGGGUCCCUGGCCACACUGGAAUCAGGGGCAACGAGGAAGCAGAUAAGCUGGCAAAAAGGGCAGCCACCCUCAACACUAACUAUGCUUUCAGUAGAAUACCUCCUACCUAUGUUAAUAAAUACAUCAGUGAGAGGAUACUUGAUAACUGGCAGGAGGAGUGGGAAUCCUCCAACACGGGAAGAACUACUUACAAGUUUCUCCCUUCCAUCCACAAACGUCAACAAUAUAAUUACAUCAUCCCACCUACGAGCUUACACAGACCUUCACAGGGCAUGGCAACAUACCAAGCUAUCUCCACAGAUUCAAGAAGCGUAACAACAACAACUGCGAGUGCGACAAUGACUCAAUUGGUGACUUAUUCCACAUUCUGUGGGACUGCCCCACCCAUGAUAGAGUAUGGCAGCCUCUGUACCAACACUGUGCUCUGCAUGGUCAAAACUGGCCACCUAGACCAGACUUUGUGUGUGAAUCUAAAGAAACGUUUAAGAUGUUCCACAACUUCAUAUGGAAAUGUAAGGUUUUCAACACUCGGCAAAGCAACACGACAACAUAAUGGGCGUUCUUCCAGCCCUAAGUGCAAGACCCCAACAGGACUUACCAACCAUCAUUAAGCCAAAAUGGCACUCGGUGUUAAUGAAUGUUUAACCAUUGUUUACUUGAUCAUCGGCCAGAAUGGCACUCUGUUGUAUAUAUUUUGUAUUUUUGUAUUCUAAUUGUUAAAAUAAGGCAAUUCAAGUCAUCAGCGGUAUCCUAACUCCUCUUAUCCUUCCUACCACUACCAUCCUCACUUCCAUUCCCACUCUUCAUAUCCUCCCCAACCCUCGCCUUCCUUUUCCACCCCUCCUUUUGGGCUAAGUCUAAGGACAGCCAUCUAUCUGUUAUAAAAAUAAAAUAAAAAAGCAUUGUCACCAUAAACAGCCUUUAAAUGUAAUUUUUUCAGCAGUUAAAAAUUUGAUAACAGCAUGCUGUUUAACUGGCGUUGAAAUAGCACCAGAACAUGUCUCCAUAUUUCCGUUUCUCAAAAUAUACUGAAUGAAUGCAACAACCUCAAACUGUGCAUGCACAUAGAGGGGGAAUGGUACUUCCAUAUGCCACCUGGCACACUUCUGAAAAUCAUUUCAUUUGUGCUCUACAAGCAUGUGUGCAUUACUUUUCAGCCUACCCUCGUAUAUACACACAAGGAUUGCACUGCAUAGCUCCAAAAUUGCCACUUGGAAAUAUUUUUAUGACAGUGGUAAUAAAAUCCCUAAUCAGCUUUUGACAUUCAGGGUGAAAUUGAAGCAUAAAGCCACUUUUGCUAAAGCAAAAAAGUUUUGACCUGACAACCUGCAAAAUACUGUUUAAGCAUUAUGAUCAAAUGUAUUAUUUGGAAUUAUUCAUUAAAAAAUUAUUCCUAUUUCUAAGUGACAGCUUAAUAUGUUACUUUCCAGACUCCAAACUGAUAAGGCUACCAGCAUUUGAUUAAUUAUUAAUUAAAACUGGUGGCAAUAAAUAAUUCGAACUGGUGAAAUGGUUGGCGAUCUUUCUAAAACAACCCAAUUUUAUAUAUAUAUACACCUAUGCAUAAAUAGUCUAUAAAUAAUGCUACUAGCAGAUAAAUUGUGGUUAUGCCACUUUUAAGGAAAUGAUCCAAAUCUCAUGAAUUGUCAAGAUUAAAAACAGUGCAAUACAUAAUAAUUGGUUCAUUUUCUUUGUUUUUGUCAUCAUAAGAUUGAAAAUUUAAUAAGACACCUAAAAAUGAUGGUCCGGUAGACAUAUAUUAAUUAAAAAUAAUGUUAUUUCUGAAUUUAAUACUUUUAUCUAAACAAAAACAAAAUUUUUUAAAACAAAUUUAACUUUAUUACCUCAAAUUAUUUUAGAAAAUUUAUUCCCAUCUCCUGCCUGAAAAUUUUGUUUUAUUGCCAUUACCAUACUUUUUAACAUUAUAACCCUGGAAAGUAAAAUGGCAUGUACUACGUAACAUGGGGAAAUAUUGGAAUAAUGUCAAAUUUGACCUUCUGGUAUUUUGCAAAUCUCAAUAUUUUGAGAUCUCUGAACUAAAAGUUUCUAGCAGUGAUUUGCAUAACUUCCCUGG